CCGGCGCCACCUCGGGCCGGCGGUCCUCCGCGGGAGGGAGCGAGGCGGCGGGCGGGCGGCUGACGGGGGCGGCCGGCGGUCCUGCGCGCUCGGCGGCGGCAUCUCCAUGGGACUGGCCCGCGGCGCCGGUGCGCUCUAAGGGAGACGGCGAAUUCUGUGUUCAUCAGAACUUUUCCACUGCUGCACCGAGGGCACGCCCUUCCUCCGGGGGGCUUGGGAUCCCGGAGAAUUGCCUUUGUGAAAAGCUGGCAAUAAUUUCUUUAAAUUCCGUCUCUUAGUUUUCCACUUUGUUACGUUUCAGAGGAACAUCAAGAAACCAUGAACAGCUUUAGUAAUGCAGAGUUUGACUGCCAUUUCCUCGAUGAAGGCUUUACUGCCAAGGACAUUCUGGACCAAAAAAUCAAUGAAGUUUCCUCUUCUGAUGAUAAGGAUGCCUUCUAUGUCGCGGAUCUGGGAGAUAUUCUAAAGAAACAUCUGAGAUGGUUAAAAGCUCUUCCUCGGGUCACCCCCUUUUACGCAGUUAAAUGCAAUGAUAGCAGAACCAUAGUGAAGACCCUAGCUGCCAUUGGGACAGGAUUCGACUGUGCCAGCAAGACUGAAAUCCAACUGGUGCAGAGUCUCGGGGUGCCUCCGGAGAGGAUCAUCUAUGCAAAUCCUUGUAAACAAGUGUCUCAGAUUAAGUAUGCUGCCAAUAACGGAGUCCAGAUGAUGACUUUCGACAGUGAAGUGGAGUUGAUGAAAGUUGCCAGAGCUCACCCAAAGGCAAAGUUGGUUUUGCGGAUUGCCACCGAUGAUUCCAAGGCAGUCUGUCGCCUCAGUGUUAAAUUUGGUGCCACACUCAAAACCAGCAGGCUUCUUUUGGAACGGGCGAGGGAGCUAAAUAUUGAUGUCAUCGGUGUCAGCUUCCACGUGGGAAGUGGCUGUACCGAUCCCGAGACCUUCGUGCAGGCCAUCUCUGACGCCCGCUGUGUCUUUGACAUGGGGGCUGAGGUUGGUUUCAACAUGUGUCUGCUCGAUAUCGGUGGCGGCUUUCCUGGGUCUGAGGAUGUAAAGCUUAAAUUUGAAGAGAUCACCGGUGUUAUCAACCCCGCCCUGGACAAGUACUUCCCGGCAGACUCGGGGGUGCGAGUCAUAGCUGAGCCCGGCAGAUACUACGUCGCGUCCGCUUUCACGCUUGCAGUUAAUAUCAUUGCCAAAAAGCUCGUAGUAAAGGAACAGACGGGCUCUGAUGAUGAAGAUGAAUCGAGUGAACAAACCUUUAUGUAUUACGUGAACGAUGGAGUGUAUGGAUCAUUUAAUUGCAUCCUUUAUGAUCAUGCACACGUGAAGCCCCUUUUGCAGAAGAGACCCAAACCAGAUGAGAAAUACUACUCAACCAGCAUAUGGGGACCAACGUGUGACGGCCUUGAUCGCAUCGUUGAGCGCUGUGACUUGCCCGAGAUGCACGUGGGCGAUUGGAUGCUCUUUGAAAACAUGGGUGCUUACACUGUUGCUGCUGCUUCUACUUUCAACGGGUUCCAGAGGCCAACCAUCUACUACGUGAUGUCGGGGCCGACAUGGCAACGGAUGCAGCAGAUCCAGAACCACGACUUCCCGCCCGAAGCGGAGGAGCAGGAUGCGAGCGCGCUGCCGGUGUCCUGCGCCUGGGAGAGUGGGAUGAAGCGCCCCCCGGCCGCCUGCGCCUCGGCCAGCAUUAACGUGUAGGUGCUGCUCCUGGAGCCGCUCACUCGGGAGUUUAGCUUGAAUUCUGGGACUGGGGGGGGACCGUCUAACUUAAUUACCGCUAGUUUCGAAAUGUCUUUGCAAGUAGGGUUGGCACGGAUGCAACAAUACGGAAGACUAGGAGUUGGGGUCACUUAUCUGUGUUCCUAUGGAAACUAUUUGAAUAUUUGUUUUAUACGGAUUUUUAUUCACUUUUCAAACAUGCUACUAAAGAGUGCCCCUCAGCUGCUGAGCAAGCGUUUGUAGCUUGUGCGUCGGCAGAACGGGCCGAAAGCUUAGUGCUGUGACCGGUUUUAAAAAUAAAGUAUCUUGAAAUAA